CACCACACGUGGCACUGUUCUACUGGACCUUGUAUUCUGAAAAGGCCAAGUUUUUUUUUUCUUUCUAAAAUUUAUUCAUUUGGAAUUCCUUAACAUUUUAUUUAUGCUUUAAAACACCAGCCUCUGGUUUGACCCCACUAAAGAUCCGAGGACGCUUUGUCAUUCUCCAGUGCGGAGGGAAAAAAGAAAGAAGGAAUCGAAGGAAGCUUCUGGGUCGGUAUCCGCUGCGCGUGGUGAUAAUCGGGCUGUCAACGGACAUUGCCCCCCCGAUUUUGUUGAAGACAAGUCAAAGCAACCAGGUUAUUCUCGUGUUUGAAAUAUCAGGCUUUCUGGGUCUUCACCAAAUUUGGUUGCUCGGCUUAUUAUAUGUUGUUGUAUGGGGGUUGCUUGAUAUUGGCAUGAGAGAUUUUGGGCUGCGUUUCCAAUAUGGCUUCCUUGUCUGGGAUCGUUCAACGACCUUUGGUUGCGGCCGCUGCUCUUGCUGUAGCUUCAGUUUCUACUGACAUCUCUGAUAAAUUGCCAUCUCACAGAUCCAAUGACGCUUGUUCUACCUCGGAUUUAUCACAUUCUUCAUUGCAUAACACCUUUCAAGAUUCAAAGUUAUCCUGGGUUUCUCACAUUUCGGUUUCUAAGCUUGCAAACUUGUCCUUUAUCUCUAGAAUUCGAGUACCUGUGCCCAAUAUUAACUUCCCAACUCCCAAUUUGGGCGGCAAAUUUGUUCCCAAGUUGCUAUACUCUUCCGUUGCAUCUUCACCUGUUCUUAAUUUGUAUCAGUCUGCAGACUUGGUUAAAACAACAAACCCAACUACAUAUAAGCAUGAUAUAUCUACUUCCCCAUCUGAAGUCACGUACAGAUGGCAUUUACCUGAGCCAAAUGCCAUAGAUGUUUCCGGUACUUCUGGUUGCUCCUCGGCAAAGUUCAGGACUGUGGUGGUUUUACUAGGAUGGUUGGGAGCAAAGCAAAAACAUCUCAAGAAGUAUGCGGAGUGGUAUACCUCAAGGGGUUUUCAUGUAAUUACCUUUACUUUGCCGAUGUCUGAGAUUCUCAAAUACCAACCCGGUGGGAAAGUUGAAGAGCACAUCAACUCGCUUGUGAGACAUUUGGCUGAUUGGUUAGAGGAGGAGCAUGGAAAGAAUCUGGUUUUUCAUACUUUUAGCAAUACUGGAUGGUUAACGUAUGGGGUAAUGUUGGAGCAGUUCCAGAUGCAUGAUCCUUCUCUAAUGGGCAGGAUUCGGGGUUGCGUUGUGGAUUCUGCACCUGUUGCAGCACCUGACCCACAGGUUUGGGCUUCUGGUUUCUCAGCAGCCUUUCUGAAAAAGCAUAGUGUAGCAGCAAAAGGAGCCGUAGACUCAAAUGAGUCAGGGAUGGAUGCUUUGGUUGGUACCAAGGGAGUAGUGGCACCCAAACCUGCAGUAACUGAAGCAGCUUUGCUAGUAGUUUUGGAGAAGUUCUUUGAAGUGAUUUUGAGUCUUCCUACAGUGAACAGGAGGCUUUCUGAUGUCGUGGGGUUAUUGUCAGCCCGACAACCAAGCUGUCCGCAAUUAUAUAUAUACAGCUCUGCAGACAGGGUGAUUCCUGCAGGGUCGGUGGAAUCAUUCAUAAAGCAGCAACGGAGGGCUGGACAUGAGGUUAGGGCUUGCAACUUUGUGUCCACGCCUCAUGUUGAUCAUUUCAGAAACGACCCGAAACUGUACACUUCUGAGCUAACCCAGUUUCUGGAGGACUGUGUGCUUACUUGUUGCAAAGAGUCUCAUUUAUCUUAAACUCUUGAGUCACAAACCGUGACUCUAAUUCUUUUCCUUCUUCGUAUGCUGUAAAUUCGUGCAGCAUAUGAAUUAGUUCAUUGUUGUAGGGAAGGUAGGUUGUUGAAUGCCACAGGAAGGCUUAGCCCUCAAUUUGUGUUCAAAUGUUACAAAUAUACAAACAGUUUGUUCUCAUUGAAUACAAAAUACAGUUGUUAAUGCCAUUUGGCAUCGACUGACUCAAGGUGAUGAUUAGGAAUACAA